AUGUCUGCGCCACCACCGCCAAUGGGAGCCCCUCCUCCACCACCAAUGGGGGGCCCACCACCACCCAUGGGAGCUCCACCGGUCGGUUUGCCUCCACCAGGCGCCACCGGAAUGCCGCUACUGCCAAUGGGUGGAGGAGCCCCUCGGACUCCCUUUACACCCAAUGUCCUCAUUACCAAUGUCCCUGCCUUUUUGCAUUCCUUCAAAUCGAUUCGCGAAUGGUUGUAUCCUUGUGGUUCAGCACGAACAGCGGUAUUUUAUCCAAAGCAAAACGAAGAUGAAGAAUUACCAGCGUCUGCGAAAUUUGCAGUGCUAGUUACCAUGUCGCACCCGGAUGGAGCUGUGAAACUAUUGGGAAGUUUCAAGCGUUUCGCCUCUCGGUUAGAUGAGCGCUACAAUCAAAUACAAGCCUACAUGGUUCCAGCAUCACCUGAUAUUCCGCUACCACCUCCACUAUUGGACGAAGAAACACAAGAAGUGUUGGGGAAAAAGCUAUGGGACUACUUUGUAGGAUUGGAGAAUCCCGAUAUGGCUGGCUCGGACAAUAUUCCAAAAUUGGACGUCGACAAAGUGGCAGCCGCCGCUGGUGGGGGUAAUUACGAUGCCGAUGAAGAUCCGCUGAAUGCUCCCCAAGUAUUGGAGGCAGUUAAGGCCUUUCGGCGAAAGCUGGACAAGACACACUCGCAUCAGAAAAAGAAGAGAAUGGAAAUGGUUGCCCAAAAAUUGAAGGACAUGAGACCGGCCAUCAAGAGAAUGAUGGAAGAAGAAAAGAACCGACCCGCAAAUGUCCUGCCUCCACCGCUACCACUCCCUCUCCCACCAGGCGCACCUGGGGCUCCACCACUUCCCGUUGGAGUACCUCCAUUGCCUCCACCACCGGGAGGAGCCAGCAAUUUGCCACCACCGCCACCACUAGGCGUGGAAGAUUCGGGCAAACGAGGUCGAUCCAAUUUGCCAGCCUGGAUGACAAAACAACAACAAGAACAACAACAGGCCGACGAACCAGCGGCGAAACGAAUCAAGAAGGAAGAAGGCCACCCCUCAAAUUUCCCACCAUUACCACUAUCCGCCUAUCCCCAACUGCGAGAAUAUCUAUCGAAACAAGUGGUUGAGAGUCUAGGCGAAGAAGACCCUACAUUGAUUGACUUUUUGUACAAUCACAUUACUCAAACCAAGGCAGCAUCCGAGUUGCUACAAGAGUUGCAAAUGGUGUUGGAAGAAGAAGCGCCUGCUUUCCUAGAAGCUCUUUGGAAGAAGAUUGGGGAGUUACAACAGCAAUCAUAA